AUGCAGGCUUAUUGUGAAAGAAAUUGUGAAGAAAGGAGAGCUCAAAAAAGAUUACAUUACCAAGAAAAUCGUGAGACAAUUUUGGAACAAAGACACGAGCGUCACCUAGAAAAUAGAGAUGUCAUUUUGAAGGAAAUCAGUGAAAACCGAGUAGUGAAUUCAGCUCAAAAUCAUGAAUAUUAUUUUGAAAAUCGGGAUGAUAUAUUAGAUGAAAGACAUAAAAAUGAUGUCGAAAAUCGGCAAGCUACUAUUGAUCGGGUCAUUAACCGACGUCAAAGUACUUCAGAAAGACAAUUGAAAUCCGCUGUUUUCGGAUCCUCAAAUUUUGUUUAUCCUAAAAUGAAUAAUCUUGGCCCUUUGAAUACUGAAUGUCAGUAUUGCGAAGCGGUUCAUUUUAAAGAUGAAUUGAAAAGUAUGUGCUGCCACAAUGGCAAAUUAUCUCAUUUUUCUGUUUAG